CCACCCCAGGGGCUGACCAAGCAAUUUCAGUGUGAGCUGCUGCAGAGGUGUUGAAGACACAGUGGGGGCCCUGUAGAAGUGAAGAAGAAAGGAGGAGAAGAAAGAAGAAAAGGGUCACAGCACAAGAUAAGGUGGGUGAUGCCAAGGAAGAAGAUACAAAAGACAAUAUUGUGCUUCGGAUGCUUCUUCGGAAACCAAGAUACUUUGAUCCUCCAGAUUGCAACUGGGUAACAUUUUCAAAUUAUGGAAACGGAAAGCGGAAGAAGGUAUGCUUUCUUUGUGGGAGUUCCAAGCAUAUAUGGAAGUAUUGCAGGCAGGGCCGGGAUUGCUUUAUCAGAAAUGGAAUAGACCAUCUUGCCCAAAAUUGUUCGAAGACUGACCAGAUGAACAACUCGAGUUCUGAUAUAUGUUUAAGAUGUGGGGAUUCAGGACAUGAUAUGUUUUCAUGUACCGGUGAUUUUGCCGCUGAUGAUCUAAAGGAGAUACAAUGUUACAUUUGCCGGAGUUUCAAUCAUCUCUGUUGCGUCAAAUUUCCGGAUACUGCUCAAAAACAUGUUUCCUGUUACAAUUGUGGGCAAUCUGGCCAUCUGGGUUCUGCAUGCCCAAAUUCAUGUGAGCCUCCCAGUGGAACAAAUCCCUCCGUUGCUUGCCACAAGUGUGGCGAGAAAGGGCAUACUGUACGUCGAUGUGGUACUAAUUCAAAGGAUAGACCGAGACAGAGACUACGAAUGUCUGAUUUAUUACCAAAAGCCAAAAGCCUUCCUAGCAAAAGCAUGAAUCAAACAGGAGGGUUUCAUGAGUACCAUCCGAAUUUUGUUGGAAAAAAUUUGCAGCAUCAGUUACAAGAAGAAUCUUCAACCCCCAUUGAGAAACUACAAAGCAGAUGGGACUGAACAGCCCUCUUGGGGUUCAUGUAUUAACUUUUGGGGGUGGAAAUUUGAUGCACAAAUACGAAAACACAACAUAAAGUUAGUGGGUUAGGAUUUGAUUGUAACGAGGUGACAUGAUUAAAUUAAUUGUAUCAAGCUAACCCAUUUUUAGAUUUAUAUCAUGCUUGUGAAAAAAUAAAAACUUUGCUGUGCUAAACGGAUUAACACAUUUACAUAUACAUA